GGAAGGAAUUUUCCUCCUCUGGCAAACUGGCCAGGGCUGGGUGGUUUGCUCCUUCCCCUCUCUCUGGAAGGCUGAGCAGAGGUGCCUGGCUGCCCAGGCCAUGGCCACAGCACCUGCCAUUGCUGCCUGUGAUCCGUGUGCGGGCGAGAAGCCCACAGCCCUGAUCCUCUGACUGGGUGGACCUCUCCCUGUGUGUGCUUGGGUGAUGUUGGACUCAGUGACACAUAGCACCUUCCUACCCAACACGUCCUUCUGUGACCCCCUGAUGUCGUGGACUGAUCUGUUCAGCAACGAAGAGUAUUAUCCUGCCUUUGAGCAUCCAGCAGCCUGCGACUCCUACUGGACGUCUGUCCACCCUGAGUACUGGACCAAGCGCCACGUCUGGGAAUGGCUCCAGUUCUGCUGUGACCAGUACAAGCUGGACGCCAACUGCAUCUCCUUCUGCCACUUCAACAUCAGUGGCCUGCAGCUGUGCAGCAUGACGCAGGAGGAGUUCGUCGAGGCGGCCGGCCUCUGCGGGGAGUACCUCUACUUCAUCCUCCAGAACAUCCGCACACAAGGUUUCUCCUUUUUUAAUGACACUGAAGAGACCAAGGCUGCCAUCAAAGACUAUGCUGAUUCCAGUUGCUUGAAAACAAAUGGCAUCAAAAGUCAAGACUGUCACAGUCAUAGUCGAACAAGCCUCCAAAGUUCUCAUCUCUGGGAAUUCGUGCGAGACCUGCUUCUAUCUCCAGAAGAAAACUGUGGCAUCCUGGAAUGGGAAGAUAGAGAACAAGGUAUUUUUCGGGUGGUUAAAUCAGAAGCGCUGGCAAAGAUGUGGGGACAAAGGAAGAAAAAUGACAGAAUGACGUAUGAAAAAUUGAGCAGAGCUCUGAGAUACUACUAUAAAACAGGAAUUUUGGAACGGGUUGACCGAAGGUUAGUGUACAAAUUUGGAAAAAAUGCACACGGGUGGCAAGAAGACAAGCUAUGAUCUGCUCCUGUGUCAAGCUCAUUUUAUGGAUGCCUGUCUUUUAAAACAAUCAGAUUGCAAUAGACAUUUGAAAGUUUUGUGUUUGUUUGUUUUUUUUAACUUGCAAAUGUGCUGAUAAAAUUUCUUCACAUCUCAGCUUACAUUUGGAUUCAGAGUUGAGCAGAAUGCUACUUGGGGUGUUGGUAGCAACCCUUAAAGAAUUUUUUUUUUUAAGAGGAGGAGAGGAUGAACUUUUCCAGUACCUUGAUCAAAACGUAUUUCCCUAGCCGACUUGCAGAACCACAAUAGCCAAUAUCAUUGGUGUUGCUCAAAUAUAGGUCCAAUUCUGCUGUUAGAAAUUCAUCCAAUGCUUCAAUCCCAAAGGUUCAAAAGUGGCAGCUCACAAAGGAGAAAAAGUGAUUAGUUUGUAGCUAAUAUACUAGAGGAGGGUGAGAUGUAGGUAAGGCAUACAUAAUUUAGAUUUUAAAUUGUCAAAGUCAGAUUCCAUAGAAAAUUGUCUUAAUAAAUGAGCUAAGCCAUCAAGCUGGGACACUCAUUGGAUUUAGUCUAGCUUGUUAGAAUAUUUCUUAACCAGCGCAUCUUUCAGGCCCCUCAGCCAAACACUGUGGUCAUCCUUCUAGAGUUAGACACUUCAAAUUUGUCAUGUUCGUAUUUGUUACUUGAGUUUAUCCUUCCUCUUCUCCUAACUGGUGGCUGGCCUCAGAUAUGCAGAGAGCCAGCAGACACUUGCAUCAGUUUCAAAAUCACUGCUCAUUCUAUAAUUCGUCAUCAAAAUGAUAAAAUCAUAAUUCAUUAAUUCUGUCAGUGGUCAAGAUGUUAAACUUUUAUAUAACUGGAAAUGUCCCCAAACUCUGUAAUGGCCAAUUAAAUUGCAAGUCUGUUUUCUUUUGUCUUCCAACUGGAUGGGUACUCAAGCUCUAAAACACAUACUUCCUUGACAAAAAUAGUGACAGUGAAAUUACACCAAUAAAUGUUCACGGGUUAAAGUCUGCACUGACAUUUUCCCAUGAGUCACUGGUUCGUGAGUCACUGAUGACCUGUGACCAGGUGGACUGCCCCAUGACCUCCACCUCAUCAGAGCAGGAAGAGUCCAGUGAAGAGGCCCUGAACUGCGGUGAAGGCUGAAGACCCCCAGGCUUAGAGUCUAACUUCAAAGGCUGACUUGUCUUAAAAUAAUGUGAAUUGCUGUAAAAUAAUCUAUUUUUGAAUUCAUGUGUUUUCCAGGUGGAUAUGGUUU